AUGGACAACAGUCGACCUCUGAGCUCGUUCCGCCUGCUAUCCUUUGAUAUAUUCGGCACUUUGAUCGACUGGAAAGCCGGCAUCCAUGGAGCCCUCGAGCCAUUAAUCCAGCGACUCGACGACUCGAACCCCUUAAAGUCCGAUCCCAAGGCCCUGGGAGCUGAAUACGACAAGCAUGAGCGAGCUAUCCAGCCAAAGAACCCGCAGUUAACCUACAACUUGGUCCUCAAGUCGACCUACGAGAACCUGGCGAGGGAGUUAGGGGCGGCUCCCGCAGACGAACAUGUCCUCGACACAGAGGGAACAGCCUUUAGCAAGAGCAUUGGUCACUGGCCGCCGUUCGACGACACUGUCGCUGCCAUGCGCCGUCUGAAGAAGAAGGGCUACAAACUUGUCCCCCUGUCGAACGUGGACCAUGAGUCGUUCUCCAAGACCCUCGCAGGACCACUGGGCGGACUGCGUGAAGGACUGGGAGAAGGGGAACCGUUCUUCGAUGCCAUUUACACAGCACAAGAUAUUGGAUCGUACAAGCCCGAUCUACGCAAUUUUGAGUAUCUCGUUUCACACGUCAGGUCUGAAUUCGGAGUCGAGCCGACGGACAUCCUCCAUGUCGCGCAGAGCCUGCACCACGACCACGAGCCGGCGAAGAAGAUGGGACUGCAUAGUGUCUGGAUUGCUAGAGGGCAGGGCGAUGCGGCCGAGUAUGCAGGGAAGGUCGCCUUUGGAUGGCGGUUUAGCGAUCUAGCUGCGCUGGCAGACGCUGUCGAACGGGAGCCUAAAGAGAAGAAUGAUAGUAAAGAAGUAGAAGAGAAUUUUCGAAAACCGCCCGACCUUUUGACCUUUUGCAUAUCUCCAACUUCCAGCCAAGUCGCAGCCAACGCCCAUCCUCACGCCGACAGGUUCAUCUCACGCUCAACGCAGGUUCUAGGGCUCUGGGUUGCUUUCUCCGGCAAUCCGCUACCCGCUAUCGCAUCUCCCGGCCUCGUCUCAUGCCGCCCGCGCGUCUCUCUCUGCUCCCAGCCCGACUUCAUCCAUCGCCACAUCCAGGCUCGUUGCUCCUGCAGAGCCGCUCCCAUCGCCCUCACGCCCGCGUCCGCACUUCUCUCUCCUACUAAAGCGCCUCGCCGUCACUUCUCUCCCUCCCCGUUGAUGUCAUUCAGUUUUCAGAACUAUGAAUCAAGCUCGUCCACGACACAGUCGACGUCUCCAGCCCAUACGGCCUCGCAGUCGGCUAACCUCUCUUCCCCCCCUUCGUCGGUCGCCAUGCAUCCCCAGUCCGUCUCCCAGUCGACUGUAACGACGUCCACCUCGUGUCCUACGCCCGCCAGCAGCGUUAGCGGGCCCGCGAGAGAUGGACAGGAUGGCACAGGAGCGGCUUCUGUCUCGUUUGUAAUGGGCCAGCCCGCGUCUGCUGCCCUGGGGAACGAUGCGAAAAGUCUCGCGCACGACCUGUCCAAUGAUGAGAAGAGUAUCAACACGCAGAAAACUUCAUCUAACGAUAAUAAUGAUCACGAUCCAAUGGAUAUUGACUUGAAAGAAGGAGGUGGCCCACCGGAGGACCUAAGCCUGGAGUCCCUCCAACGCGAUGUUGGAGAGGCGAUAGGGCUCUGCAAAUCCACCUACACUUCAUCUCUACCAACCCCCAAGUUUGAUAUCGUAUCACUUUACGGUUUAGGGCCCAUAGCUGCAUCGGUAGCUCGCACAGAUCCCGUCACGGGUGAGAAGAUAAAUCGGCUACGGAAGUCUUACGAAGGAAAGAUAAAAGGCCUGGGGCUUGCAGGGAGGAACAAGCCAGUCAAACAAGAACCAGGCGCGCCUGGAGGACUACGGAAUCUAAUGAUGUGGCCUGACGAAGAAUGGUACAACCAAAAGGUUGCUGGAAAGGAGAUAACGACUGCGGAACCGGAUACCGCAUUCUACAAACAGCAGUUGAAAGCCAUGAAACUGGAGCCAGGAUUAACGCCAAGGAACGAGUAUUGGGAAGACGUGCUCGGUCAUGAGAAACCAUCUAAGAAUGCUCCCGAGCAGCUACCGAAGAAAGCAGGUUCAAGCUCUCUUAAACAAACACCUCAGAGCAAUGGUACGCCCGUGGCCCAUCAUUCGACGGUGGUGCCUGACCCGGGAAGGCCAAAACGCGCUGGUCGAAAGAGAAGUUACCAUGACAGUAGCUUUGUUGGGUAUGGCGAAGGGUUCCCGGAUGAUGAUGAGCUCGAAGGCUCCCUCUAUUCAAACGAGGAUGAUGGAAGUACUUCAGGGAAGAAAAAACGAAAGAAGAUGCAGGAGCAUGCGGCAGGAGGUCCUCCAUCGUUCGAGCGGGGUGGCAGCUACGGUGUUGGAAUGUUCGGCAUAGGUGCCCGAUGA